AUGGAGGGUGAAGAAGCCGACCUCGACGGGGUUGAUGGCUUUACUUAUACUGACCAAGAUAUAAUGGACGAGGAAGCUAAUAACACGCAGGACAUUUACGAGCAGGACCCUAAUGAACAGCCUUUCGACGAUACAUUUCCAGAUGAAAAUGACCCUUAUAUUGAGGCCGACUCGUCGCUGGACCCGACAAGCGAAGCCCCCAACAAUGUGGGUGGUGAAAUGCAGUUGGAUAGGAUACCGGAGGACGAGGGAGACGGAGAGUUUCUUGCAGAAGAGGAGGUGAGAGGAUGGGACCAGAAACAGACAGCGGGCUACCUACGACAAUUAGGCAUUGACCAGAAACAUUGCCAGGCUUUUGAGGAGAAGGGGAUUACCGGAGACUCUCUACUCAGCUUAGGCCAGGACUCAAUGUUAACGCAAUACCUCAACUUUGGUGCUAGGGGCAAGCGAUUAAAAACUUCGGGCAGAAUCCGGCAGUUUCAACAGGAUUUGCUGGCUGGCGGCGCUUUACGCGACCCGCCAACCCCUAUCAUCGAACCUGCUGUGGAGCAGACUGAGGCCUCGGACAAUGCUUCCCUUCAGAAUCGAAGCUUCAAGCACCCAUAUACAUGGAGGCACGGAAUGGCGGAAAAGCUUCAGAUAGACGAAUCGAGGGAUAUCCAAUCCGAAGAGUUAUUAGGCGACCUUCUAGAGACCAUGACAUCGGUUGAUCGACCACGAGGCGAAGACGGGGAUCUCCUCUCCACCCGUGAGCAAGCCAAAUUUCGCUCAGGACUAAGUAAAGAUGAAACUGGUGGUGUCGAAAGAGCCACGAGCUCCAUGUGUGCCGAUUUAUUGGACAAAUUCAAUGCACAUCGAAGAGUGAAAAAAUACCGACCAACUACUAAUGAAGAUGAUAUUCUCUGGCUGCGCAUUGGUGUGCAGCAAUUCAAGCUUCGCACGUCGAAAUGUAUCCAUGCAUUUCCUUCGGGCGAUUAUACAGAAAGAUUUCCGAUCGCUGCAAUCAUGCCGAUGAAUGAAGAUUUUUACGAACCAGCCGGCACAAUCGGCCUUGAGCGGCUCGAAAAAUACUGGUCUCUGCGCAAACAGUCCUCGCGAUCUGCAGAACAGGCAGCCAUCCUACUGGCAAUGGCUCAAGCCCAGGCGCGUGUCCUUGAUCUGGACCGGUUUAAAGGCGACCAACAGGACGAUUCUAGGUUGCAAACCCUGCAGUCCUUCCUUCUUGUGGUCGACAAGCAGAACGUUCAGAUUGUGAGAUGUUUCAGUGAUCGUGAGUAUAUCGAUGCCGUCAAUUCUCCCUCAUGCAGAGAAAUUCCUCGCGACAUACCAAAAGGACUUUCGCUGCACAUCGAGCGAUCAGCGCCGUUAGACGUACGUGACAAAGAUGGCUGGCACAAACUGCUGUCUGGUAUUAAAGCUCUGGUCCGCUCAUAUGAUUUGGUCGAACCCCUGGUCGCCAGCCGACGUCCGCUUGUUGAAGAUGUAGGACCAGCCGAGGAAUCUGAUCCGAUGUACACGCCACAGGAGUCAGAGGUUGAGGAGGAACCAGAGCACGAACCGUCUAAUGAUGGGGAAGAGCCUCCUCUCCUCCCAGAAGAGUUGAGUCGAGAAGGAGAAGAAUUCUCAGGUGAGGAGGGCCCCUUGGAAGAUGAAGAAGCAUAUGAUGAAGAAGAAGCUUUUGAGGAUGAGCCUUUUGAUGAAGAAGGUGAGUUUGAGGACGAGGGUUUGGAGGAUGAUCCAUUCGAAGAUGAGGCCCUUGAGGAAGAGCCGUUUGAUGAGGAAGGGCCCUUCGAUGGGGAAGAACCGUUCGAAGAGGACUACCCUGAAGAGGACUACCCUGAAGAGGACUACCCCGAAGAGGACUACCCUGAGGAGGACUAUCCUGAGGAGGACUACCCUGAAGAUGACUACCCUAUAGAUGGAGACGAGCUUGGCGAAGGGUUCCAGGACGACUUUCCUGAGGAUGAUGGUGCGUAUGAUGAUGACGCAUAUGGAGAUGAUGGUGCAUUUGACGAUGAUGCUUACGGAGGUGAGGGUGCAUUUGGCGAUGAUGCUUAUGGAGAUGAGGGUGCAUUUGACGACGAUGCUUACGGAGAUGAGGGUGCAUAUGAUGAUGAUGCUUAUGGAGAAGAACGUGCAUAUGGUGAUGACGGAUUUGGAGAUGACGGUGCGUACGGUGAGGAAGGGGCAUACGGCGAUGACGGCGCGUACGGUGAGGAAGGGGCGUACGGCGAUGACGGCGCGUACGGCGAUGACGGUGCUUACGGCGAUGACGGUGCAUAUGGUGAGGGCACAUAUGGAGACGAUGGUGGAUACGGAGAUGACGGUAUGUAUGGUGGUGACGAUGGCGGUUACGGCAAUAAUGAUGGGAUGUACGGUGGUGAUGAAGGAGCAUAUGGUGACGAUGGUAUGUAUGGCGGUGAUGAGGGGGCAUAUGGUGGUGAUGAUGGUAUGUAUGGGGGAGAUGGGGGUGGGUAUGGCGAUGACGGAGCCUAUGGGGAUCAAGGUGGGUAUGGCGAUGACGGAGCCUAUGGGGAUCAAGGUGGGUACGGAGACGAAGGAGCUUAUGCAAAUGAAGGUGCCUAUGGAGACCAGGGUGGGUAUGAUGCUGGAUAUGGAGACGAAGGAGCUUAUGGAAACGAAGGCGCAUAUGGAGACCAGGGUGGGUAUGAUGCUGGAUAUGGAGACGAAGGAGCUUAUGGAAAUGAAGGCGCGUAUGGUGACCAGGAUGGGUAUGGCGAUGAAGGAGCUUAUGGAAAUGAAGGCGCAUAUGGAGACCAGGGUGGGUAUGAUGCUGGAUAUGGAGACGAAGGAGCUUAUGGAAAUGAAGGCGCGUAUGGUGACCAGGAUGGGUAUGGCGAUGAAGGAGCUUAUGGGGAUCAAGGUGGGUACGGAGACGAAGGAGCUUAUGCAAAUGAAGGUGCCUAUGGAGACCAGGGUGGGUAUGAUGCUGGAUAUGGAGACGAAGGAGCUUAUGGAAACGAAGGCGCAUAUGGAGACCAGGGUGGGUAUGGAGACGAAGGAGCUUAUGGAAAUGAAGGCGCCUAUGGAGACCAAGGGGGUUAUGAGGCUGGAUAUGGAGAUGAAGCUGCAUAUGGAAAUGAAGGCGCCUAUGACCAAGGUGGAUAUGAGGCUGGAUACGGAAACGAAGGCGCGUAUGGCAAUGAAGACGCCUAUGGAGCUGAGACUGGAUAUGGUGACGAAGGGGCGUACGGAGCCAAUGAUCAGUAUCGAGCCGACGAUCAGUAUCGAGCCGAUGAUCAGUAUGGAGCCAACGAUCAGUAUCGAGCCAACGAUCAGUAUCGAGCCAAUGAUCAGUAUGGGGACGACGGUACGUAUGGAGAUGGUGCCUAUGAAGCUGAGACCGGGUACGGCGAAGAUAGAGCCUACGGAGCCAACAAUGGUUUUGGGAACCAAGAUGCAUAUGGAGACGAAGGCGUCUAUGGUGACAAUGACGCCUAUCGUGGAGAUGAGAGAGGAUAUGACGGCGAUGCUGGGUACGGAGAUGAACCCGGAUACGGAAACCAAGAUGCAUAUGGAGAUAAGGGCGUUUAUCAUGACAAUGACGCCUAUAGCGGAGAAGAGCUGGGUUAUGACGGUAAUGCUGGGUACGAAGAUGAACCAAAGUACGGAAACGAAGAUGCAUAUGAAGAUGAAGACGUUUAUCGUGACAAUGGCGCCUAUCCUGGAGAUGAGAUAGGAUACAACGAGAAUUCUGGAUACAAAGAUGAGCCCAAGUAUGGAGAUGAAAACGUCUAUCGCGAGGAUGGGUAUGACGACCUUUCCCAAGAGAAUUAUCAUGAUGGAAUUGCCCCUGCGGAAAACGACAGAUAUGCCGAGGGGCUGCCAGAAACCGAUUAUCGUGAAGGAGAGCUCCCGUUAGAGAAUCACGCACAUGACGAUGCAUAUCGGAACGAGUUACCAGAAGAGGAUUACCGUGGCGCUGAGCUCCCUCCGGAUGACGAUGCAUAUGGUGAUCGAUACGGUCGCGGCUUGGAAGGAGAUGAUUAUGAUGGUGAACCACAGAUGGACAGUUUCCAAGACGCUAGAUACGGCGUUGAAAACCAGAAUGGGUAUUAUGAUGAACAGAUCCCAGCGGGCGAACUCCAUAAUGAACAAUACAGCGACCGAGCGACAGACUUGGACAAUCCUCGGGAUUAUAACGUGGAUGAUGACGUGAGCGAGACUGACAUCCCUAUGAGCGGCGCUGCAGCCGACCCUCGUGCCAACGAUUAUCCACAGGAUGACUAUCAUCGAGAAGAGCCCUUCGCAGAGAAGUUCCAGGACAAUGAGUUCCGUAACGAGCUGCCUGGCUAUACCUUGCAUGACGACCCCACCGAUGACGGUCACAUUGACGAAUUCCGGGACCACGAUGGUCAUGAGAACGCGCUAUUGAGCGAUGACCACCGCUCCCUCGAAGGAACCAUGGCAGGCUCAGUCCUUGACAACCUCCCAAUAGGCGACCAACACGUUAGCCACGAGGAAUAUGGCUCUGAGGGUGAAAACAUGGAAAGAUCGCCUCUAAAUGACAUGGCCAACGAAGAUCUGCUGCGCAACGAGGAACAGGAUCUUUCCGAUUACGAUCAGCCCAUACGAUCGCCUCUGGGUGUUGUGAUGAACAACAGCGGGCCACGUCUCAGCGAAGAGACCAGUGAUCAAACAUUGGCUGACGGCGUAAGAAGUGGGAACAUUGUCAAUUUUGAUAGCGUGAAUGAUGACAAUGCAAGCCGCUUCGGUAGACCCGAUGAUCAUGAGCCACCAUUUGACAACUCCGAGCUCGAAGACGGCAACCUUGCUGGUGUGGGAGUGGUCGACCAGCAAGCCUAUGACGAUAACAAAGCAAAGGUUGGCUACCUGUCACACGGAGAGAGCAGGGAACGGUUGCCUUUGCAUGAUCAUGUCGGCGAUGAAGGUGACUCUCCCACAGACAAUGAUGGUUUCGGAUCGCCGCUCGAGGAUCUCUCCUCUCGACAUGACGUUGUCGACGGCGAUGGCCUCCAGAGUGAUAGAGAUGCUCGUGUCGAUGAUGAUCUCCUGCCCGAGGGCAAUCGAUUAGGCAAGUCGUCCGAAGAGUAUAUCAAGGGCCGGGGCGAUUUUCAGAGCGGAAAAGACCUACGCAAGGAAAACGAAUACUCAUCUGAUGACGGUCGGGUUCGCGGAGUGUCUGCACAACACUUGGGUGAGGAAGAUGACCUCGCAAGGCAGGCGAGGCUGGGAGUGGAAGAAGAUUACUAUUCUGACGAGGAAAGUCGUAAGGACAACAAGUUCGGUAGUCGCAACAAUGAAAAGGUCGAUUACGAAGGUGACGAUUAUGGAGGAAAUGACUAUACAGACCUCGAAUUCAGAGAAAGAGACUUCGGGGAGGACUUCAACCGAGACCAAUUCAAGAAAGAGGAGUAUGAAGAAGAUCAAUACAGAGAGAGCAUGUAUAUAGGGCGUGAUCAUCGGAAGGGGGACUUUGAAGACGCAUACAAUGGUGACCAAAAGGACCAUUCUCGGAUUCAGCACUUCGACAAGGACAACUAUACCUCCAACUUUCACAAUCGAGACCACGACAGCAAGAUUGGCAUGCAGCAUAACAGUGAGCAAGGCCUGAAUGAUGUGCUACCUAUUGUACCUCAAUUGGACCAACGGGGGACCCAAGAACAAGUUCUCUCGGAAGAUGAGGAUGGAGUUCUGGCGGAAUCCUUGCAAAGUCCUCGCAAUAUUGGCCAGUCCUUUUCCAGUGCCAAAGAUCUAGCGCAAAAUGCUUCAAGAUGGGAUCGGGGGUAUCCUGACUCUGGAAAAGAUGUUCAGAACGACGUGUCUCCCUUUGGAGGUCUUUCUUCUCAUGAAGAACGCACUACACCCGUCGCCAGCAAGGAAAGCAACGACCGGAAAUCACCCCAUGACUCUCGUGAAAACAGCCUAGACUCACCAGGCCCAGCUGACCCGGGUCUUGCAGACUUCGCCCCAAGCACCCCAAGACUAGGCGAAAGAUCACGAGCGAAUGAUUUCAAGUCACCCAUCCUACCAACCGGAGGCGCAGAAUGGUCGCAAAGCGAUGAGGAAGCCUUCAAAAAGUUCGUUCAAACUUCUCCACGAGACUCAAAGGAACAACGGCUGUCAACGGAUACACUCGGGAUAUCUGAUCAUCAGUCUUCACCAAGGGAAAAUGCCUUGCCAGCUGGUGGAACGAAUCCACAAAGGCUGCCAGCAGAAGGUAACAACUCAUUCGAGGAUGAUAUACUAGCUAGCCGAGAUGGAUCUCAUGGUCAUAAAUUGUUCGCCAGCACAUCUGGAGGAUCUGAUAAAAAGCGUGACCUUUGGGACAGAACGCAGGGCGAAAAGUCAGACGCAUCCGAUAAUGGUCUCGACCAGUACCCUGAAAAAGACUCCUAUCGUGCUUCACCAGCUGGAGCACAUGCUAAUGUAGCAUUGCCUGAAGAAAACAGUGCAUUGCAGCCUCACGACAGACUAUCCGAUAUCUCUUUCGCCAACGCACUCACAUCAUUGAACGGUCUUGACAGAGGGCCGAUUUCGACAGAUUCAGGACAACCGCCUCCGCCCCCCUAUCCCGGAUCACCCGCAUCGCAUAGUCGUGACAAAAACUCUUCGUGGGACGAGCCUGUCACCAAUACCGGUCGACUAGGACGCCCGGCAGCAGGUCUACCAGACUUGAGAGACUCGGAACCACGCAGUCAGUCGAUGAAUGACGACUUAAAGAAUGAUCUGCAGGCGAGACUGAGCAGUGACUCAUUCUCUGGUGACAUGCGCGCAGACAAUGCUGCAGAUAAUGCUCCAGGCGGCAGCAGAUUGACACCUAAUCAUGCGGUAGGACAGUUUUCUGAUCAAGGCGCAAUCAACGAGCAUAAAUCGCCCACGGCUACUGCUGGCAAGAACGGCAAGGCAGGCAAGGCCAUUGACAAGAUGUUGUCCAACCUUGAAGAAAAUGAUACACAGGAAGCUUUUGAUCCAGUGGCUCAUGGCGCAGAGCCUUCCGUUGGUAAGCAGCGCAAGGCUCAUGCCGACCUCGAUAAUCUGUUAGCCGCCUUGGACGGGAAAGGAUCGAAGGAACUGCAUUCACCAAAUGUCAAGCCCGCGGACUCGGGUCCACACGAGCCUCGCAAAGCACAGCAAACCAUUGAUAAUUUAAUGACGGAUCUAACUUCCAUGCCGCGGGAUAGCGAUGAACGCUGGCGAGAAACUGAAAAGGGAAGCGUAAAAAUGGCAAUCAGUGACCGUGAUGCCUUGAAUGCAUCAAGCCACGAUGCUGGUAGCGGUGGUCCUUCAUGGCAGAACCCGUCGUCACGUUCCGUGUCAAAUGUCGAAAAUGACCUUAAUCCCUCAGCACCAUCCUCUCAAGGCUCCAAGCUGCCCUUCCUCCAAACACAAGGUCUGCUUUCCAAUUCGAGAUUCAAAGACGACGAACAUGAUAGAUGGCCCAAUCCUACCGACCGUUCUGAAGCGGCGUUUCGCGAACAAACUUACAGUCAAGUGCAUGAACCUAGAGAUAUGCCGUCGUCUCCUUCAGACACUUCAAGGCAACAGUCGAUCGGAGACACAGAGGAUCGAAAUGCGCAGCCAGGCUCAAACAGUUCCAACGAUAUACUUCCAUUGUCACAAGACUCAUCGUUCAAGUCACAGCAACCACAGCGAAGCAUGGAAGGGACUCAUCCCAGCAUUGCUCCUUCAAAUUCCUCAAAAGGGGAAGAUGAGGCGCCUGUGAUCGGCGGCAGGACAGAAAAGGCGCCCAUAUCCAUGGAUGCCAGGGGAAAGAAGCCACCGUUUGGAGGCUUCCCAUUGUUCCCAGCAAGAAGAGGACUGCCCUCAGAAAAUGGUGCAAGAGGCGACACCAAUUCGUCCUCGGAAAGUUUGAGGCAAGGUUCAACUCCAUCACAAGCGUGGAAAGAUAGCCAGGAUAACCCAGUCCUACCGGCCACCUCUUUCAUCAAGCCCCAGACAGAUGGCAGUACCUUUGCAAGAUCUGUCGCUGGUGAGCAGCCAUUACGAGAAGCCACUACCGUAGGCAUGUCCGAAGCCUGGCAGAAGCCGGAGAACACCUUGUGGGCCAAUGGCCCUCAGAUUAUGCCUCAGGACAAGAACGAUAGUGCAACAACAUCAACCCUUGCAGAUGCUGGAGCCAAUGACAUUCAAGACUUUCCCAGGAAAGACAAAAUUCCGCUUCCACCACAGCCGCCACGGAUGGGACUACCUUCGAGGCCGGGGCCGGGGCCCCGACGCAAAAGCACGCUCGCAGGGCUGCCCGAAAAGGCUCCCGGGCUCUCUGACAGUGUCAAUGCACUCAAUGCAAAGAGUCCUGGAGUUGGAGACCAAGUGACAGAAGUUCAAGGACGGAGUAUCGAUCAAGUACCGAGAACAGGAACAAACAAUGUAUUGGCCGGCUUUGGAAAACCCUCUGAUCUCUCAACCGCCGGGCUUCCUCCACGAGGCCGGUUUUCACCGCUUGGUCAAAGACCUUCGAAUAUGAAUGAGGCGUUCUCUCCAGCUGACAGAGGCUCCUCACAGCCGGUAUCUCGAAAUGAAGUGAGCCAAACAGUUAAAGAGGUCGAUGGCAAGCCUAUUUAUCCUGCAAUGUUUGGAAGCAGUACUCUUUCGACUGAGCCAACGGCGAGGAAUCAACCACAGACCACUCUGGGUGACCCAAGAAGGAUUGCUGACGCCCAGCAGAUGCCACCAGCCAUUUCCAAGAACUCUGUACCAUAUAGCAAGCAAGACUGGCAGCCUACCUCUAUUGCUGGUAAAGACUCGAUGCCACCGCCUCCAUAUGGUCUUCAGAAGCCAGAAUCUUCAUUGUCUUCGAGGGAGAACAUCGAUCCCGCAGCAUCAACUACGAGCAUGGGCGACAUGGCACUAUCUUCACAGAAAGAAGCUCCCUCGACUUCGGCCUCCGCACCAGAGAAGCGUAUGCCAAGUCCUUUCUCGCGUGGUGGCUUGCCAAUGGGACCUAGAUUGUCAGCAAUUCCGCCGAAAGGUGCGCUACCUCCUCCUGCUCAAUCGCUUCCGCCCAUUCCCAGCUUACCAAAGCCUCCCGUUGCUACCGACGCGCAGUCAGGACCAAGUUCCACAGGUCUGCAGGCAGGAAAAUUAGCGGAGAACCAGUCCAGCCCUACGCCGGUAGGUGGAAAAGACAGUACUCUCACUACUUCAGCAAACACUCUGGCAGGAAUAGACGCGCAGAGAGGGCCCCUCGCGGAUCAGUCGAAAGGAAUUUUCUCUCCUUUUGGUGCCAACAACAGACCUUUGCCUCCUGGACUGCAGACUGGGUCCUCCAUCAAUUUGAAGGAAGGUCCACCAGGGAUAAACCAGCAAAGAAUCCCACCUGUGAAUGGACAAACGCCAGGGAAGUCCGGCUUUGGUUUGUUCAAUGGACCUCCGCCUCCAAGAGCACAGAACGGGCCCACGUCAAGCACGAGUCAUGGGACAGCAGCGCCACUUCCGCAGGGUAAACUGUCAGGUGAAGGCUUUCGAGGGUUUCCGACCGCUCAUGGGAACAUCAAUCAAUUUCCACUACCACCAGGGCAGGACAGCCAGACAACACGGAAUCCUCUCCAGCCAAUGCCGCUUCCAAACGCGCAGGAUGACUCGAAAGGACUAGGUACACAACCAUCUACAUCACUACCCAAACCGCCACAACUCUCUAACCAACUGCCGCGUGUUCCGCCUCCUCCGUUACCAGGUCAGCAGGCAGCCUCCAAGCCAACGAAUGGAGCCUCGAGAUUGCCAUUCCUACCACAAACAAGCGAUCCGGUGGCCAACUCCGCCUUGCCUACAUCAGCCUUUAAAGCACCAACACUCCAGCCAGAUGUACAGAAGGCUGCUCAGCAUCAUGGCUCUGGGCAGCCCGUGCCGCCGAAAAAUGAACAAGGAAUGCCAACAUCCAGUGUACAGCGUGGGUCUCCAGCACCUGAGAUGUCCAAAGCCCCGGUAUUCCCGGGCAUACAGCAAAAGGUACCACCAUUUGGGAAUUCGAACGGCGGCUCGGUGUCAUAUACUCAGCAAGAGUCUCUACCUCCUUCACAGAACGGACUACGGAUGCCAUCUAAGCUGCAGACGGAGAACACGUCUGAUCAAGGCCAGACGCCAUCAUCAGGCGCGGGCGUUGCACAAAACCCAGCCCAUUCUAAUGUGUCCAUUCCACCAUCUGGAGGCCAACUUGGCAGUAAACCCAACCCGCCAUUCCCACCUAGUGUGCAGCAGCCGCCUGGGCCUCCAGGUCAACAAAGAUGGCCAUUCCCGUCGUUCUCACAAAAAGCUCCUAUUCCUCAGGCUAUGCCACCUCCUCAACCUUCUACUAGCACCAAUCUGCCCACGAAACCAUCUGCCCCAAUGUUACCUGGCAUAUUACAGGACGGUAAGUUUACCCCUACGCCAGCGGCAAGUUCAGCGAUGGCAAAAGGAGUGUUACCUCCACCAAAUAUGGCAAUGAAAGAUUCAACACCACCUACGAACAUGCCACCACGGGGAGGAAUGCCACUAUUACCGAACAUGACCCAGGGAACCCUACCCGCUUCGAACGGAUUGCCGAGAGGACAGAUACCUCCGCCAGGUAUGGGUCUGAAAGGCCCAAGCACCAGCAAUCCACCCCAAAAUGGCCUGUCCUCAGUACCCUCUCUGGGCCGGCUGCCCAAUUCGUCCGCACCAUCUUUUGGCGACGCGCAAAAGAGUGCUGCUCAUGCAACCAUCCAACCUGGCCCACAAGCGUCGACGAUGCCACAGCCGGAGCCAAAGCCACCACAGCCACCUUUGGGUAAGUUGCCCGACCUGCCGGGCUCAUUCUUUGGGGGAACACAACAGCAGGGCCAGCCCUCAAAGCCAACAGAUGCACCAGGACCCUCCGCGAUACAGAAAGCGUCAACGCCUCCAGCCCCUGCCAUGAUGUCCUCUAAAGCAAUGCCUAUGGGUACAUCACAACUACCACCAAUGCCAUUCAAUGCUCCGAAAGGCCCUGGUUCUCAAGGCCCAGCGCAUCCUCAAGGUGGAAAUGGACCCUUUGGCACUCAAAACAAGUUACCGCCUCAAGGUCCCCCGCAAGGUCCAUCACAAGGUACUUCGCAAACACAACAAGCAGGGCCGAGCCAGUCGAUGCUCGCUCGAUUCGGCCGCAACGGUCCCGGCCUUUUCGGUGCCCAGCCCAAGUCUGAGCCGUUGAGCAAGGUCCAAGGUGUUCCGCUCCAGCCUGGGUCCCAGAUACUACCUCCACCUCCAAACCAAGCCCAACCACAUACUACUAUACCCGACAAGCAGGCCAGGCCGGCUCCUUUCCAGAGCAGCCAACCACUUAAUGCAGAAAAACCGCCCGUAGUCCCUGAUGCAGCACGGGGUGGCAUCUCGCCGGCAGGUAAUUCGAGCAAGCCUCUAUUCCCGAGCACGACGCCAGGUGAUCAGCCGGCACAUACACAGAACCAGACAGCACCAGAGAGACAGCCAAACGUUCCCAUCCCUGUGGCUGGUCAGCGGAAGGAAUCAACAACGUUCAAGCCCCCUCUACCACCACCACCAAGCAGGCCCCCGAAAGAGCUGCAGGCUAGCCAGCCCAGUAGAAACUUCAAUCCAUUUAGCAAAUUCACGAAUCGGAUUAGUGGCUCGAACAAGCCACCGGCGACUCUACCUCCGAGAACAGCGUCUGCAGCCAGUCAAGUUAAUCUGGCUGCUUCUUCAGCUGAAGGAAAAGUAAACUCUACCAUGCAACAACCCAGCGUGCCGCCUCAGAAAGCUCAGACAGGUAUAGGAGGGUUCUUUUCAGGCGCAAAGCCGCUCUCAAACAUGCUACCUGGGAAAACACCUCCCAACAACACACCUGUCAGGAGUGGACUGUUGGGGAGCUCGAAACCUGCGACAGUGGUGCCGCCAGCCAACCCACCUCCAGUCAAUCCGUCAAAUGGAAAUGGACUGCUUGAGCGGUCAACCCCAGGCCCGAUGAAUCCUCCGAGCAACUCGUCUGUUAACAAUACAUCCACCAAGGGUGGCUUCUUCAGCCCUCCAAAUCCUAUUCCUUCAAAUACCACAAAUAAUCCAUCCUCGUCCAAACCAAAAACCGGAGGUGGCUUCUCUGGACGGUCGGAUACCGCACCUCCGAAUCCUCCAAACAUUCCUCCUCCUCCCAAAAACCCGACAAAUGGAGGUGGCUUCUUUGCAGGCUCAACACCUGGUCCAGCCGGGCCUUCAAACAAUGCGACUCAGAGUGACCCGUCUAUUAAAAAUCGUCUCUUCGGCUUAUCAAAGCCGAAUGCGCCAAUCCCCAAUCCGCCAAUCGCGCCGAGCAAGCCUCAGGUCAAUCCUUCAAACAGUGGAGGUGUUUCUGGGAAAGUGCAGCGGCCUGCCAUUAUGCCCCUAGCUGUUCCUCUUCAGAAUAAGCAGCCGAAUAGUAGUGGUGGCUUUCUCUCGGCGUCGAAACAAAUUCCACAUGGCCCGAAUGCAUCACUCGAAAAGCCAGCUCCAGCAGCUCCACAGAGCAAUGCUCCAACGACAUCUUCUUCAGGCUUCAUGAAUAAACCAGCAGCUCCGACAUCAGUGCAGAACAAGCCCCUCCAAUCUAGCUCAGCAGGGUUCUUUGGAAGUAAGCCGACAAUUCCACCGAGCAACCAAAGCCAGCCGAUUGUAGGCGGAUCUCUGGUUUUCCCCAAACCACCCGCUCAACCAGCCCCCUUAAAUGCACCAAAACCCAAUCAAGCAAAUAGCGGGGGAAUGUUUAGCAAUGUCUGGAAAUCAGCGGAUGCCACAUCCGGCCCAGCUAAGCCCACACAGGUGAAUCAAAUACCUGCACCAUUGGGAGGGCAAUCCAGCAAGCCCACGCCGCCUCCAAGUAAACCUCUUCUGCCUAGAAGCAAGCCUAUGCCACCUAGCAAGCCUCUGCCACCUCCCAGCAAGCCUAUUCUACCUUCCAGCAAGCCUACUGCACCUGCAAGUAAGCCCAUGCCGCCACCCGCAAAUCAACCACCUCAGCAGAAGGCACAACCUGUACCAUCUUCUCAAGCCAAGGGCAACGGGUCAGUCUUGGGAAAAUCCGGCAGCAGCGACAAGACGAAAGCCACCGCACCACCACCUCUUUCGAACAAGCUAAAUAUACCGCAACAGAAACCACAGCCACCCAGUGCAAGCCUCUUCGGAAGUGGCACCGGGAAAGAGAACACGAAACCAUCAACCACAUCACAAGGCAAGAAAGCAGGCGCAGCGAUGGAUUCUAGUAACCCGGGCCAUGUGAAACCGCCGGCUACGGGGAGUAAGCUGGGCAAUGCAAGUGUUGUAAGCGGGAUGGGAAAGGGGAAGUCUUCGCAGCAGCAGCAGCAGCAGCAGCAGUCCCAGGCUCAGAAAAAGGUUCAGCUAAAGUCUCAGCCCAAGUCCCAAUCAAAGCCACAGGCGAAGCCGCAAGGGAAGAGUACUAAGAAUAUCGUCACGUUCGUGAAUGGGAAACGAACCGUGGUGUGA